AUGAGGCUCGUUGUUUUACUAACAUUUAGUAUCCAGUUCUGCAGCAAGUAUGAAAAUUACUGCCCUGUAACAGGCUAUAGGUCUUCAGGAACAAGACGCAGAGCUGAUGGUUCCAUUAGUCGGUGGUGGAAAAAAGGAACCAUCCGCGCAAAGUGCAGUGAGAACUUCAAGAGUAACAUGGAUGGCGGCGGUUGUUCUGCUAACUUUAACGUCAGGCCGCCUCUAGUCUUUUGUUCAGAUAGGCAGGGUGGCAAUCCGGCAAUCAGGGACCAGUCCACCAAAUCAACCAAGCGCAAACAGCCAGUCAAGCCCAAGCAGCCAGUCAGGCCCGCGUCCAAGAAAGUUUGA